GGUGCCUUGCGCGCGGAAGAGUGUCUCCUUCCUUCCCGCCCGGAUGGCGGCGGCGGUUGAGGCGCCCGCGAUGGGCCUGUCGCUGGUGGAGGCCGUGCUCGCCUCCUCGGGCCGCCUCCAGAAGGAGAGCCUCGGAGGGAGGAUCGCGCGCCUCUCCGCCAGGGUGGAGGAGCUCAAGGGGGAGGUGUGCAGCCUGAUCAGCCAGCGGUACGUGGAGUUCCUUCCCAGCAUGCAAAGCGCCGUGGAUUUGGAGUCCGAAGUGCAGGAGCUGACCGGGAGCAUUGACCGGCUGAAGAUGCAGAUCGAGAACGAGGUUCAGCACGACCUGAAUGUGGCCAUUACAGAGUUUGCGGAGCUGAAGCAGCAGCUGGAGAGAGACACGCUCAUCCUGACUCUGCUGAAGCAGCUCCAGGAGUUUGACACUUCUCUGAAGCAGGUGAAUGUCUUGCUGCCGCAGAAGAAGUACGUGUCGGCAGCCCGGCAGCUGAACAAGACCCGGAGGAACAUGAAGGUGAUGGAGUCUCGGCGCGGCUUUGAGCUGAAGAUCCUCAAGGCGCUGAGCAGGGAGCUCCGGGUUCAGACCGAGAACACCCUCUACCUCUUGGGCCAAGAAUGGCAGCAGAUGGCGGCCUGGAGCCUCCCUCCUCCAUCCAAAGAAGUGGGCAGUUUGGAGUCGGCCACUCGGACGGAGCUGCGUUUGUCCUCGGUGCUUCCGAAGGACGGCCCCGUGACCGGCCCUUCGGUGGCCUCAGUGCUGCAGGCCUUUGCUCUCCUAGGGGAACUGCGAUCCAAGUUCCAGCACUUUGGACGUCUGUUGUUGACGCACAUCCUCAAGCCUCUGAUCUCUCACCCGUCGCUGCAGCCCUCUUUGGAAGAGUGGCCCGACUCCGCCACGCUGAGGUUCGAAGCGGUGGGCUCCGAUCAGGGCCACCCGUUGCCGGCGGAGGUCUUCGCCAAGCUCAAGGUGGUCCUCAAGGCCCUCCAUAUAUACCAGUUGGAUGUCCCCUUGGAGCCCGGUGCUGAGGAAGAGGAGGAGGAGGAGGAUGGCCGCAGACCCAUCUUGGCCGAGGUUUUGGGCGACGUGAUUGGGAAGGAGCUGUCCGACUGCCUCAUCAAGGACUGCCUGGUGCACUCCAUCCCCCAAAACAGCAGCAAACUAGGGGAGUACAGCGAGGUGAUUCGAUCCGUGGAGGAGUUUGAGGAAGCCUUGAAGGAGAUGCGCUUCUUCAGGGAGGACUCCACCGACCUGCUGACUUAUGCCCGCAACGUCAACGGGCACUUUGCUGACAAGAAGUGCCAGGAUGUGAUCCAGGCUGCCAGGAAACUCAUGACCUCGGAGAUCCACAACGCCAUAAAGGUGACGCCGGACUCUCCGGUGACCCUUCCCUUGUUGCCAGACCCCGGAGCCGGCGACCAGUCCAAGGUGCUGAUGCCCCACGGCGCGACUCCAAAGCCGGCGGCCAGUUUGGAGGAGGGGACCCGCCUGAGCCGCCACACGCUCUCCUUCCCCGCCUGCCGCAUCAGCGAGUCCACCCAGAAGUUGGUGGCCUUGGCCUACCAGACGUUGAAGGAGGCCUCGGUCAGCGUGGAGCAGCACCGCCUUCAGCUCUUCUACUCCGUGCGGAACAUCUUCUUCCUCUUCUGCGACGUGGUCCCCAUGUAUCACAAGGAGAACCUCCAGAAGCUUCCCCAACUGGCAGCCAUCCACCAUAACAACUGCAUGUACAUCGCACACCAUCUGCUGACCCUGGGCCACCAGUUCCAGGGCUACCUCAACGACCGGACAGCCACCUUUGUGGAUCUGGUGCCCGGCUUCCGGAAGCUUGGAACGGAGUGUUUCCUGGCCCAGAUGCAGGUGCAGAAGGAGGAGCUCUUGGAGAGGCUCUCAAGCGCAAGGAACUUCUCCAACGUGGACGACGAGGAGAACUACUCCGCCGCAAACAAAGCUCUGCGACAGGUGCUGCACCAGCUGAGGAGACUGGGCAAAGUCUGGCAGGACGUCCUUCCCACAAACGUCUACUGCAAGGCCAUGGGGACCCUCCUGAACCUGGCCCUCACCGAGAUCUUGAGCAGGAUCACAUCCUUGGAGGACAUCUCUGCAGAGAACGCCGACCGGCUGCACGACUUGUGCCAGAUCAUGGUGGAUGAGGGCCCCCGGGUGUUUGUGCCCCUUCCGGAAGAGGAGCAGAACCGUCCCUUCCAGGAGGAGGUCCCCGUCUACGUCCCGAAGUGGAUGACCUUCAAGGAGCUCAUGCUGGUGCUGCAGGCCAGCCUCCAAGAGAUCGUGGACAGGUGGGCUGACGGCAAGGGCCCUCUCGCGGCCGCGUUCCCUGCGACGGAGGUCAAGAACCUGAUCCGAGCCUUGUUCCAGAACACGGAGCGGAGGGCGGCCGCCUUGGCGAGAAUCAAGUAGUUUUAAUAGUAAUAACAAUAAUAAUAAAAGACUUCCUUUUC